AUGAACUGGAGCUUCUGUUCUGUUCUUCUCUGGUGUUACUUGAGACUUUAUGAAAAGUUAGUUCUAAAGGUAGUUAUGAAUCAUUUUGUAUUAACAGAAAUUGUAAUCACUGAAUGGAUAAAUCCAUUAUUGGUAGUUCAAUUAGAGAUGGAUAAAUCAUGGAUGAGUACUGAUAGAACGAAAAAACGUUACGAAGAAGGAGUCGCAGAGUUUUUGCGGUAUGCUGUCAACCAUCUCAGGGAGGAGGGUGAUACACAUGAUGAAUAUCUUAUGUUGUGUACAUGUACAGAUUGUUUAAAUCACCGUGCAUGCUUAGUUGGUGAUGUAGAAGGUCAUUUAUUCGUAAAUGGAAUCAAUCAAACGUAUACUACUUGGAAUAAGCAUGGGGAAAAGGAUGAGACAACUAAUAGUAGGCCGGUUAACGUCGACAAUGGUAUGCACGCUGAAUUUGAAAUGGGAUCUCCCACUGAUGCUCCAGACGAAAAUUUUGGAAUGGGAACUCCCACUGAUGAUCCAAACACUAUAGAUAUGAUGCAGGCUGCAAAAGUGUUCGCAUAUGGCCCUAUAAAGUUUAAAAAGUUACUUGAAGAUGCUGAAAAGCCCUUAUACGAAGGAUGUCCCAACUUCACAAAGUUGUCUGCAAUUGUGCAGUUGUUCAAGUUGAAGAGUAAGCACGGUGCGUCGGACAUGUUUUUCAAUGAACUAUUACCGUUGAUAAAGGACAUGCUUCCCAAAGAAGGUAAUUUAUUGGCGAGGAGUACAUAUCAUGCCAAGAAAGUAUUGAAAGCAAUGGUUUCAUGGUAUACAAAGAUACAUGCAUGUACCAAUAAUUGCAUUCUUCAUAGGAAUGAGUAUAAGGAUGAAAAAGUGUGUCCUACUUGUAAAGCACCCAGAUGGAAAGUUGACAUGGAUGGUAAAGUGUACGAGAAUGUUCCAGCAAAGGUAUUGUGGUACUUCGACAUCAUCCCAAGAUUUCAACGGUUAUUUCAAUCGAAGCCCACAACAGAGAAUUUGAUAUGGCACGAUACCACUAGAAAAAAAGACGGUGUUUUACGUCAUCCGGCAGACUCACAUAUUUGGAGAGAGAUAGAUAACAAUUUCCCGGAAAUUAAAGGUGAUCCAAGAAAUCUGCGAUUAGCUGUUUCGGCUGAUGGAGUGGAUGUAAAUAAAGGCACCAAAAAUCAUAGUGUAUGGCCAGUUUUGGUUGUGAUUUACAACCUUCCACCUUGGAUGUGUAUGAAGAGAAAGUUCAUCAUGUUGUCAUUACUUAUAGACGGUGCGCCGGGAAAAAAUAUCGAUGUCCUUUUGGAAGCCCUUGUUAAAGAUUUUCAAUUCUUAUUUGAGAACCGAAAGAGAACAUGGGAUGCAUAUGCCCAAGAAAUGUUUACUCUACGUGAAGUUGUCUUGUGGACGAUAAACGAUUAUCCUACUCUUGGUACACUAUGUGGUUGUCGCUAUGCUGGAUAUCAUGGUUGUGUGGUGUGUCGUAAAAAAACUCACAGUAUUAGGCUUCAUGACUCAAAAAAGAAUGUUUAUGUUGGUUAUAUAAGAUUUUUACCAUAUGAGCAUCCAUUCAGAAGGCAUAAGAAAGCAUUUGGCGGGAAACAAGAGUGGGAGACUGCUCCAAAACCAAUGACCGGGAAAGAAAUAUAUGAAGAGGUAAAAUAUAUAAAGAAUUCAUGGGGAAGGAAGGGGAAGAAUACUCAAGUGGAAGACGUGCAGGCUACACCUGGAAAAGGUGGAAAGAUGAACCGCAUCAGAAAAAUAUCAAAGGAAGUCGACAGGUCAGUUGAGGAAGAGGAAGGCAGGGAAACCACUUACUGGAGAAGGUACAAUAUAUGGCAUCGACUACUUAGAUAUUGGCGUUAUAAUGAUGUCCAACAUUGUAUUGACUUCAUGCACGUUGAAAAUAAUGUGGGCCAAAGUCUUGUUGGAACGUUGCUGCACAAUGGGAAUUCAAAAGAUGGAUUAAACGCCAGAUUGGAUUUGGUGCGUUUGGGGUUAAAACCGGAGUUGCAACCUAAGUCAGAUGUCAAAGGAACGAUACUUCCAGCAGCAUGUUAUACAUUAAACGCGGAUGAAAAGGAUAUAUUCUUGGAGACACUAUCUGAGUUAAGAGUUCCAGAAGGGUAUUGUUCGAAUUUUUCCACCCUUGUGAACCGAAAAGAGCGUAAGUUGAUCGGACUCAAAUCACAUGAUUAUCAUAUGCUUAUGCAACAAUUUUUGCUCGUCGCAAUUAGGUCAAUUAUGCCUACGCCUGUGAGAUACGCAAUUAUGAGGUUCUGUUUCUUCUUCAGAUCAAUAUCUGCCAAAGAAAUCAACGUGGAAGAUCUCGAUAAAUUGCAAGAAGAUCUCUGUGUGACGUUAUGCUUACUAGAGAAGUGUAUGAAGGUUACCAAGGGGCAUGUGCGGAACAAGAAUCAACCUUGUGGAUGCAUUGCAGAAGAGAAUGCUGCAGAAGAGACGAUCGAGAUGUAUUGCGAGUAUCAUAGAAGCAUCAAGACAAUUGGUAUUCCACUGGAUAGGCAUAAUACAUCUCACAAUGGUCAAGAUUCUGAAAGUGUUAUGGAGGGAGAACUGCUAUCAGCUGGAGAGAAGUGUAUAGUUACCCGUGACCAGUUGAGACAAGCACAUUUCUAUGUAAUGGAGAACACGCCUGAAAUUGAGCCUUACAUAGAUGAAUUUCAGGUUGAGAAAGAUUUGGAAGUCGAUGGAGAAAAUAUCUCAGAGAACUUAAGAUGGAUAUCACACGGCCCGCACUACGAGUUAGCGAAACACACUGUAUAUCGCAUCAAUGGAUAUCUAUUCCGCACAAGAUCUCGUGAUAGAAUUCACCAGAAUAGUGGGAUUAGCGUCGCGGCAAAUGACAUGCACAUAUCUAGAGAUGAUGGCGUAACAUAUGGUAAAGCGUCUUAUUAUGGUGUCUUGCAAGAGAUAUGGGAGUUAGAUUACUGUGAAAGAAAAAUUCAUUUAUUCAAGUGCAAUUGGGUUGAUACUAAAUGUGGGGUCAAAAGUGAUAUUCUUGGCUACAACAUUUUUGAGCUUACUAUGUUGGGACACAAAAAUGAUCCUUUUAUUUUAGCCUCGCAAGCUAGGCAAGUAUUUUAUGUCAAAGACCAGAAAGAUAAGAAAAAGUCUAUUGUUUUUGUGGUACCUCCCAAAAAUUACAGAGAUGCAUAUAAUGAUGGCAACGAUGAGGAAUUCAGAACAGUAAUUUUUUCUCGGAAUGAUAAUAUCUUGUCGGCUGUAGAUCCACAAGACUUGGGUAAAGAAUCCCGAAAUGAUUACUUCCGAACUGACUGCCGGGGGUUACUUAUACGCAAUCCAUAG